GCGCAGGCGCAGGAUUUUCACAGAAGACGGCGCUCGAGCGAGUCCGUUCAUAGAAUUUUCUGGCCGAAUGCUAGUUGGCUAGCAUGAAGGAGUGUCAUCUCGUCCAUCGUUUAUUCAUUGUACAAUUUAUUUGAGACUAAACUAUUAAGACAACAACGAUGGUGCUGACGCCGCUUGUUUACUGGGCUCAACGCCAUGAAGAAAUCUACCUCAGGGUAGAGCUGACCGACGCUCAGAACAUUGAUGUCCAUGUGCAUGAAAACAUCCUUCAUUUUAGAGCCCUGGGCCAUGGUGCUAAAGGACAAAACCAGUAUGACUUCAGCUUGGAGUUUCUCUUACCUGUGAAGAUGGAGGUGGCUCACAGGUCAACACAGCGGCAGGUGAAUGUCACCGUGAAGAAAGAGCAGAGAGGCUGGUGGGAAAGGUUGACCAAACAGGAACGUAAGCCGCUCUAUUUGGCUCCAGACUUUGACCGCUGGCUCGACGAGUCAGACGCCGAGAUGGAGAUCAGGGAAAAGGAGGAGAAAAGAAACAGACUGAAGCCUUCUCAGAAGGAUGAGAAAGGAUUCAUCAGUCUGAAAACAGGCUUUUUGUUUACGUAUAACUUGGUACAGUUUCUUGGCUUUUCAUGGAUCUUUUUCAACAUGACUAUUCGCCUCUUCGUGUUCAGCCAAGAUUCUUUCUACGACACAUUUCACACCAUAUCGGAUGUCAUGUUCUUCUGCCAGAUCCUGGCAGCCGUGGAGGUGCUCAACGUUGCCUUUGGCGUCGUCAGGACGGGCCUUAUCCCGACUCUUAUACAGGUGGUUGGAAGGAAUUUUAUCCUCUUCAUCAUAUUUGGUAGCUUGGAAGAAAUGCAGAAUAAGCCGGUGGUUUUCUUCGUUUUCUAUCUGUGGAGCGCCAUUGAAAUAUUUAGGUAUCCAUUCUACAUGUUGAGAUCUUUCAACACAGAGUGGAAAAUCCUCACAUGGCUGCGAUACUCACUCUGGAUACCGCUUUACCCUCUAGGUGUCAUAGCUGAGGCUGUUGCCCUGAUGCAGUCCAUUCCCAUCUUUGAUGAGACCAACCUGUUCAGCAUUCCUCUGCCAAAAGCCAUCGGCACAUCUCUGAGCUUCUCCUACGUCCUGUACAUGUACCUCAUUCUGAUGUUUUUAGGACUUUUUAUCAACUUUCGUCAUCUCUACAAGCAAAGGCGGAGGCAUUUCCGCACCAAGAAGAGGAAGGCAUAUUGACACAGCACCUUCACUGCCUAUUUUAAAUGUUCUCAUAUUCAGGGCACUAUUAAGUGUCUCCUUGCAUUGGUUUUAUUGACACAUUACUCAGAGUACUACCUUUUUAAAAACUCAACUUGUUUUGUUGGUUAAUAAUAGUUAAAUGCCAGACAAUCUCUCCAUUUGAGUUUUGCUUUUAAGCUGUAGUUGAACAAAAACGGUUCUGUAAUUAGUGCUUGUUUGAGUGAUGUACAGCAUCUGCAUUUAUUUUGAAUUUCAUCAUUUGGGAAUUGAGCAUUCCAAAAGACCUCAGGGAAAAAUUGCUGACCAAUUGCUCAAAUUUCUUUGUACAGUCUCACCCCUACCUCUGAUAAAUGCACUAACUUUAGUUACAUUCAUUCUCAUGAAGGCUGCACGGUCACUGAGUGGUUAGCGCAUAGACCACACAGCUAGGAGACCUGGGUUCGAUUACCCGCUCUGUGGAGUUUGCAUGUUCUCCCUGUGCAUGGGUUUUCCUCCCACAAUCCAAAAACAUGCUAGGUUAAUUGGCGACUCCAUAGGUAUGUCCAUAGGUAUGAAUGUGAGUGUGAAUGGUUGUCUAUAUGUGCCCUGUGAUUGGCUGGCAACCAGUCCAGGGUGUACCCCGCCUCUCACCCGAAGACAGCUGGGAUAGGCUCCAGCAUGCCCACAACCCUCAUCAGGAUAAGCAGUACAGAAAAUGGGUGGAUGGCAUUCUGAUGAACCCAACCAUAAGUGCUCAAUUUUGAGGUAAUUUUGAUAGACUUGUGAUUAUCAUUGUAGUUUGCAGAGUAUUUCUGUAAUAUUUUGCCCUUGUGUAGCUGAAUGCAAUGUAGUUCUCCCCCAUUACAAAUGACAACCAGAAAAAGAAAUAAUAAUCGUUUUGUUGUUUUUUUUUUUAAACUAUUUUGUACUAUUUCUUUUAAUUGAGGGAGUUUACCAACAAAGUAUAAAAACAUACAUUGCAAGAUAAGCUUAGUUUGACAGUUGUUCCACAUAAAAUGUUUUUCCAUGCAAUGUGUUCAAACACCACUACACCAGGUGCUGUGGUUUCACUGGUCCGCACUUGUGUCCAUAUUUGAGUGCAUUGAUCAUGGAUCAGCUUGAGAAGUCUGUGUGCAUGGGUACAAUGUUGUGAUCGAAAGCAGCAUACUGUGAAUCUCCAGUGCUGGCCAGUUUGAGCUGCUGGGCUGCAUGGGAGAGCUGGAAAGCAGCAUCUGGGUGUGCUGAAUCAGGAAGCAAAGUGCACUCUCUCUCCAGCAGUUCAGCCACACCCUUUAGGAGGUCCCAGAAUCCGAAUGCCAAGGCAGCCUUCCUGAGGCGGUUCAGCUCCUGGCAAAUUUGAAUAAAAUGCAUGAUUAAGAAAUAAAAAGGAAAAAAAGUGAAGUGUGUGUGCGGUUUACCUUAUAGAAUGUCUGAGUUUUAUCAGGCAAUUUUCUUGCGUUCCUCAGAAUCUUCUGCACAUCAGUCUGAAAUGAAGUGAAAAAAAUGACUUUAAAGUUACACUUUACACAAAAAUGGUAAAAAAAAGUGUUUGAGUAUAAGGUGUUUGCUGCCUUAAUCACUGGACAUAUUUGGCGAUGACACAAUAAAUGUUCAAUCCCUUUUAGUGGUUCAUAGUUUCUCCCCUCUGGAGAGACACCUCUAAUGAGCAAGAUCAACAACCAGGAAGACUUCACCUGUAGUCCACUGGCUUUAAUCCACACCGUCACGUUCUGGGCAUAGCUUCGCUUGACAGGCGGCUGCACAGGAAAAGGACUUUUACUGUCGUCCUCUCCGUAGGGAUUUUCCGCUGCCUCUGAACACCAGGGAGGAGGAGUAGAGCAUAUACAUUU